AUGGAGACCGUAAUUCAGGAUUGCGAGCCUCUUGCCAAUUAUAUCAAGGCCACAACAUCCUCUGACCGGUUACUUGCCAUGACAGAUCAAGGCGAAGAAACAAGCAACAAUAACUGGCCAACACCGCCGGCCUCCGCCUCCGACUCCGACCACAAUGGCCACUUCCACGAUGCCCACGAUGACCGCGUCUCCGAGCACAGCAUCUCACCCCCCUCUUCCCCCAACUUCGCUCCCGUAGGCCGCCCCAUGGUCCGCAAGCGGUUUCGAAAGAAUGCUCCCGAACCAAUACACCUCGAGAUCCCUCACCGCAUGAAGCGAUACAGCUCGCUCGGCUCGUUACAUGACUCCUACUCUGUAAGGUUCUACGCUCAAAUAAUAGGGGCCAUGUGGGUUGAACUAAUAACGUACGUUCGUGGUGAAAAGAAAGCCGUAACAGCGAGGAUAGACCGCGCCGACAACCAGAAAUUCAUCGAGCAGUUCCGGUACACGAUCGUCGCUUCGCAGUUGUUGAGUGGACAUUCGGUUGCUGGACUUAAUCACUUCUACCGAAACCAGGACGCCGAUGCUUCGAAAGGGCAGAGUAACGAUGUCGUACUACCGAAUUCGACGGGGUUGAUAGCGACGGCUGCGGGAGCGUUGGUGGUAGCGUUGGGGAUCCGGUGGUUGUGCUUGGGAGGUUAUACCCGCUUGACGAAGAGGGGGGUUUUGAUCACCGUGGUGGUGGCGGUGGCGGUGGGAAUGAUGGCGCACUUUUAUAUCCGAAAACAGUGGUUAAGAUAUGUGAGGAAUAAGGCACUGGCUGAGGUUGCUACUUUCGUGGCCAAGAGUCAGGAUUGGGAUAGUGCUACUAGUGCGGCGCUGUCGUUGAUUCAGGAGGUUGAGCUUGUGUCGAGGGGUUAUAGGCUGAGCGCACCACUACCGCCUAUCAGCAGAAUUGAGGACCGAAGCCAAACGAGACGAUGCGGACGCCUGCGCAAGGCUCUUAAGCAGCGGUUUGCUGAUAUGAUCAAGAGUUAUAUCCAAGUGACGACAGCGGUGAAGGGGCUUUCGGAACAGUUGGAUCUGGAAAAGUACUACGACGUUUACGACAUUACCGACUUUGACAUUUCCGAUGCGAUGCAAGGGUUUCCGGAGGAUGCGACGGAGGAGGCCGAGUCAUUACGGGUGCUCAAGAUUGCCGCUGCUCGGUUUCACACUAUCCGCAAGUUGCUUCUCUGCGCUUUGCUUGCGUUCGAGGCAACGGGAGAUAACAGCGAUUUUGUGCGGUGGUCAACGGCGGCUCAGUGUCUCAACCAGCUGAGCAGUCUGACAGGCGAUUGCUACGAGAGGCUUCGUCUCCUCUUGAGUGAUGAAGAGAGCUUCCCCGCCAUCCCCGAAACCAAGUUCCCUCUUUCCCCCAACCGCGAAAAGCGACGAACGCAAUUCCGCAAGCUCAACUCUCUAUCGACGGGCAUCCGCGGUCUCCAAGCCAAGCUGGCACUGUUGCGUGAAGAGUCCGAGAAAGCACUCAACGAAGCCGACGAUAUCUCUGAAGUUGGUUUCGACCUCAUGUCGCAAUACGAGUCUAUCGGCCAAGACCUCAAGAUGCUGCAACAAGCCUGGGAGGACGGCAAGGCUGCCCUAGCAUCAGGAAUCGACCGCAAUGAGAAACGGAUUUCGUCUAUGAGCAUGCUGUACUCGCCUUCUACCUCUUUGAGCGGGUUAACCACCGUCGGCGAAGAGAACGAAACCGGUGGCGGAGCGGAGGAUGCGCUGAAAGCGCUAAACGGGGAGACUUCUCCCACACGAAACUCUUCGCCAGGUUCCAACGAGCCCGAUGUGUUCGAGGCGGUUGCGCUACCAACUAGGCCAAGGAGUAUGCUGACCAGGGACGAGAGGAGGGUGAAAGUGAAGGAGGAGAGGGAUAUGAGAGCGAUGCAGAGGGAGAAGCAAGAAGCGAGUAGGGGCAUGUUGAAGGAGUUGGAAAUGGUGAUUAAUUUGCGGCCGAAGAGGCAUACUACCGCGGGCCCAGCAGGUGGAAACGGGGGGAGUGCGGCGCCGACGAGGAUCUCUUUAUGACGACAUUUCACUUGCGACAUCUUUUUUUCCGGUUUUCCUUUCUUCGAUCAUAAUCUUGCAUGGCAUUGCGCGCAGACAAAAGAGAGGGGCGAACAACAACAAGAAGGCCAGCUUGCCAGUUUUCUUACAACAACAACUUUGGGUAGAAUGGCAUUUUGACGGAUACACACCAUGGAAUCAUUGAAAGCUGGGGCGCGCAAGCGAGCGAUGGGAUACAGAAUUUAACGGCGUUUACUUUUAUACAGACGAUCUUGGGCUGGCAUUCUGUGACAAAUUCUUGAGUUGAGAGAGGGUGUAAGAUAGGUGAUAAUGUAAUAAGCAAAAUAUUGAAGAAUGGAGGUAAAUCAUAUCGGAGCAAACAUGCCUUCAACCUCGCCGGCGAGAGACACGAUCCAAACAAAAGAUUCAGGGGUU